AAGUAAAACAUUGAACACAACGGCUCUUUUAAGAGCCACACACUGUCUCAUUCGAGGAGUUUAAUUUCAUAAAAUAAAUCAUAUUUAACGAGAACUUGAACUUUUAGAACUUGUGUUAAACACUUCGCUCGAAGAAGAAACACCAUCAUCAUGGCGUAACUAUAAGCGUCAGCACGUGCAAUGUAUCGUGAAUAACGUGUAAUCGGGUGAAAUGCUUUCUGAACGAAAUCUUUAAGUGACUUUGAUGACACGAUGACGUAAUUCUGUUCUAGUGUAGAGUUAAUACAGAAAUAAACGUUUUAUUUAAAUUCAAAUUCGAUAAAGAGCGGGAAGUGCAAACAAAGGAAACUGAGUCGCUUGUGGGAGGGUCAUCUUCAAACACGAGACUGUGGGCGGGAAACACUUUCAUUGGCUCUCUAUCCAACCCGUCAAACUAUGAGCUGACCAAUUAACACAUUUUAUGGGAUUUGGCCGGCGAAGACAUGCAAUCAGACAACAGGCUCCGUUACGCUAAACAUUUGCAUGUGAGAGUGAAUAAAUACCACAGCGACGUGACACCUCCUCAUUCAGCAUUUUCUCAUCUGUGAAGAAGCAUCAUGCCUGAACCAGCCAAACCCGCGCCCAAGAAGGGCUCUAAGAAGGCCGUCACCAAGACCGCCGUUAAGGGAGGAAAGAAGCGCAGAAAGUCCAGGAAGGAGAGUUACGCCAUCUACGUGUACAAAGUGCUCAAGCAGGUCCACCCCGACACCGGCAUCUCUUCCAAGGCGAUGGGCAUCAUGAACUCUUUCGUCAACGACAUCUUCGAGCGCAUCGCCGGUGAGUCGUCUCGUCUCGCGCACUACAACAAGCGCUCCACCAUCACGUCGAGAGAGAUCCAGACCGCCGUGCGUCUGCUGCUGCCCGGUGAACUCGCCAAACACGCCGUGUCCGAGGGCACCAAAGCCGUCACCAAGUACACCAGCUCCAAGUAAAGCGCCGCUUUCAUCCGCCGCACACAAAGGCUCUUUUAAGAGCCACACACUUAUUCCUUUAAAAGAGAUUCUCAUGUUUGUAAAGUUGUGAGCUGUAUUUUUUUCAUUAGUGUUAUGAUUUAAAUAACGAUUUGAUUAAUGUCAAAUAUGUUUACAUUUGAUGGUUUUCUCUUAGACAAAACAGCCAUUUUUGAUUUUCACAGUGACUUAAUUUGUGUGACAAAGUUAUUAAAAAUAUUUAAAUUAAUGUUGGUUCGUUACGGGCACUAAUGUAAAACUUACUGCAGUAAAACAAAAUUAGAAGUCUUUAGAUAGAAAAGUGUAUACAGUUUUCUAAUUUGCAAAUAAUCUUGAUAUGUAUUUAAUUUAAAGAUGGUUUGAAGAUGUCUUGAAAUAUAGAUACCACUGAUAAAUAGACAAACUAUUGCUCAACUUCAAAUAAACUAAACAUGUGUUAUUUUAUAUCAAAACUUGAUGAGUAACUGAAUGACAACUUCACUAAACAUCUGAUGAUAGACUUCAGACACCAGUAAACUUCAGUCUUUAUAUGAGUUUUAAAUAGAGGAAAGCAGAAGAUUUUCUUGUAUAUUGUACUCGAAAGCGUGUAGGUUAAAACUGUAUUGA